AUGACCGUCCGCCCUGACAAAGAUGCUACUGUGACUGUGUCGUCCUCACUGCUCCUUCCAUUGGAACAGUGUUCCGUAUGCAAGGUCAAUGGCGCUGAGAAUGACACCCAGACGACCUGUCACUCAUCGCUGGCCCUGGUCCCCGAUGAGGAUGUCACCUUGCUCUUCAACUGCACUGAACCACCACAAAGUGCUUUCGUCAUCCAGAUCCACAGGAAAAUCAAAUGCACCAAUGACACCUGCAGCCCUGCCACAGGUGUGGCUCAGCCUUCCCUCUUCUCAGAGUUCAUUAGAACACUCGUCUGGGACCUAAGUGUGCCGGAGAAGACCGUUAUGAGUUUGGACUUCCCUGUUGACAGGCUGAAGGAGAUGACUGAAUCAGAGUUGUGUCAAGAUGGCUACCAGUACACUGUAACCAGGACCAACACUGAAGGAGAGGUCAAAACUCAGACAUACUGCAAGAAUGGCCUCGUGGCUCACCUUCAUAUACCGAGCCAAGCCACGGUGUCUUUGCAAGUUCAAAAAGGCCGAGAGGUGGAUUCCUCUAUAUUCACGGCCAAACCAAUAAAGAAACAGAGCCGGAUGAUCUCCGUGACUCCAGAGCCAGACACUAUCGUCACCAUCAGCAGAAACACCAAAGCCAAAGAGUGCAGUGUGUGCGUUGGGGAGGGGCCUACCUGCAACCCCAAAGAACUCGUCCUGAGAGCUGCCCGCAACACCUCUGUGAAGUUCACCUGCCCACAGCCACAAGAUGUCUUCAGUGUAGAGAUCAACAGGGAGAUUGAUUGCACAGAGAUCACCUGCAGCGGGAACAUCGUCCAGGCAGAAUCCUCCCUCUUCCCAGACUUCAACAGAACCUUCACCUGGGACCUGAAAGUUCCACCUGGCCUUUCCUUCCAGCUGGACUUCCCAUCGCCGGGAAUGAGACAGAUUCCACCCUCUGAGACCUGUCCUGACGAGCAUACCUACGCCAUCAUCACGUACCAGCGCACAGGGCUCGCCACCAUCGGCAUUUUUUGCCCAGACGGCAGCAUCACUAGGGUCCAGGUGUUGUACAAGGGCCGGGUGUCCCUGCAGGUCCCUAGGGAUAGGAAGCUGGAGCCGCUGGACUUCAAGGUCACCGUCGGACCGGAAAUUAAAAUGCUGGCUGUGGUAAAAGUCAACCUACCUCGAGGGGUGUCAGAUACAGACUUCUUCUCAGCCAACUACCCUAGAGGUUUCCCUGAUGACGACCUGAUGAGGUGGGACUUCACGGUGCCCGGCAUGCAUAACUACACGGUUAACUUCCUGAAUCACACAGAGUCUCUUUGCCAGAAGAAGGAAGUGAUGGUGAUGUACCACAAGGCGCGUGGGAAGGUGGGCAUCCAGAAGAACCUGGCGGACCCCCAGCCAACACACAGGCAGGGCAGCUUCACCAUGACCCUGUUUAACUGUGAGACCGACAGGACCAAACCGGGCCUGUCCCUCAAAUUUAGUGUCUCGGUGAUGAGGAGCGGCCAUCCAGUUCUCUGCACUGUAAAUCUGUCAGAGGAUGAAAGGCUAGUCCUCCACUUUGAGAAGAGGGGAUCGGACCCCUACUGUGAGAUGAGGAAGGACUCUGUGCUCCAGGAGAAGAUCACAGUUCCCUCAGGGACCAAAGCCAGGCUUUCUUUCCUGGACUGUCCGAGUGAAGACCUACGCCUGACAGCCAUAAAAACCAUAGGAAACCUCAGGCAGUCCCUGCCAGGACAGGAGUGCAAUGGCAGUGUCUCCCUUCACGUAGCAGAGGGUGAUGGGUCCUCCAUUGGCUACUUCUGCUCCGAAGGCAUCAUUCGCAAAAUCCAAGUGCACUCCAACGUCUCUAUUACUGCCACAGCGAAGGACCUUAGCCUGAUUCAAGGGCAUUUCCUCAAUGUGUCCUUCAGUGAAGAAAUCUCAGACAGCAUCAUAUAUACAGUCCAGCCCAGAUUGGGUUCCCCUGCCCUCCUGGCCACCCCAAACUGGCCCAGCGGCAUGAAGCCAUACUCCACCGUGUCCUGGAUCAUCAAUCUGCCGGGCCACCUCCAGGCGGACCUGCUGUUGACCAACAUCAGCCAGCCCAAGUGUGGCAAGGGGCACACGUUCAUCAAAGUGCAGACCCUGGCCUCUCCAGAGGAGAUAUUGAGUCGCAGGGAGGAUAAGGAGGCAGAGGACAAGCUGAUGGUCCCUGAGAGCUUCUAUCUCAACAUGUCCAACUGUAUGCCGGAGAACGGACACUUCAGUGUGCUCAGCAUUGUUACCCUGCAGGAGACUAGCAAGCUGCUCCUGAGCGGCAUCCUGGGUGCUGUGGGAGCAGUGCUGCUCCUUAUGCUUAUUGUGCUGACAGUCUUCUUGGUGUUAAGGAAGAAGAAAAGAAUGAUGGUCAAAGAGGCUUCCAGCUACAUAGGGAAAGGGAAUAUCUUCAUCCCAGGCGACCAUGUGUUCCCCAAAACUCGGUCCGACAGCGAGCCGCACGUUUACGCCUCCAUCGAAGACACCAUGGUGUACAGCCACCUGUUGCGCGAGCCCAGCUACGUGGGCACCAUCCAGGACCACUUCCAAGGACAGCCGGUCGACACCUAUCGGACAUUCAUGGCGCUCCAGGACAGAGUGCCAGAGAUCACAGAGACAGCUGCAGACCAUGAGCCUGAACUGGUGCCUGAGAUGGACGAGUAUAGACCUUUCUUGGACCCGUCGGAAACCUUCAUCCCGUCGAGACCUCGCACACCCAUUGACCGCCAGGACAGCAUGGGCUUCAUGGACCGCAGGAUGGUAGACAAUGAGCUGUACACGUUCAAGAGCACUGGGGAUAUAAAUACGAUUAGACUGUCGGGGGCAGACCAAAUCCUAAAUCCAGAGACCUUCAUCGACUCUAAGGGGGAGGGACCCAUUUAG